CAGGUGUGUCCACAGAGCGCAGGGUUUUUCUUUUUUCCUUCUGAAACUGAAUUUCUCGGACAGGUUGUUUUUAUUCAUUCCUAAAGGAUUUUAACCGCAGGAUCCAAAUAUAAAUGCUUUAACACAUGGAUCGUUUUUGGCUCCUUGUCUUUCUGGGAGGAUUCGUGUUUUCUGGAGUGCAAGAAGUUUUGGGAAUAGAAAUUAAAACGAAAAAGGAGCUGGAGGCUGUCAAUGGGACCAAUGUGAGGCUGUGGUGCUCCUUCACCUCCACUCAGCCAAUAUUGCCUGAGAAAGUCAUUGUCUCAUGGUCCUUCCGGGGAAUUAAUUCAAGAUCAGAUGAUCGUGUGCUUUACUACCACGAGAUUCCGUAUCCUCAAAAAGAGGGGCUCUUUAAAGGCCACGCAGUGUGGUCAGGAGAUAUAGGGAGAAAAGAUGCUUCCAUCACCUUAAACGAUGUGCAGCCCAACUUUAAUGGAACCUACACCUGUCAUGUGACCAACCCUCCAGACUUCCACGGCAGUAGUGGACAAACUGUCCUCAGAGUCGUCAACAAAGUGACGCUCUCUGACGCCACCUUCUUUUUGUCCAUUGUCGGGGGUUGCUGCGGCCUUGUCCUGGUUCUCCUCGGCAUCUUUGCUGUUGUGAAGGUUUGCCGGAAGAAACAAAGGGAAGAUGACUUUGAAUAUCAAGAGGAGUGCAGCAAGAAUGAGCCGACUAUUUGUUCACCUGCAGAGGCAGUUCACCUGACGGUUCUGAAAAAGGAAAAGGAAGUUGGUAGUUCAGAUGAUGAGGAGUCUGAGCCGAGCAGUGGGGGCGAUGAGGAGGAGGAUGAUCCCGGAGAUGGUGACGAUGAUGACGACGACGAAGAUGAUGAUGAUGGUGGUGAUGAUGAAGACAAAAAGAAAAUCCUGUUUUAGUAAAAGGAAUGAUGCAUUUAAAGAAAAUGGUGCCAUGCAAAUAUUUCAAACUCUGUUUCAGCUCACUGUUGGUAGCUAAAGGCAGCGGUUAAUCACUGGGAAACCAGAGAUGCUUUCUUCCUAACACAUUUACAAAUCAUUUAUUUUUAAACAUCUUCAUCAGUUUGUCCUUUUGCAGCCAGCGCCAUCCGGCCUCAACCCAAAACAUUUUGACCAGUUUCCCCUUUUUUAUUUCAUUUUUUCUUUAAAUCUACAUUAUUUAUUGUGCCAAACAUUAAAGACCAAACAGACAUUCAAAAAGCCUUGUUCUCGUUUCUCCUCCUGAGCUUCCAGCCUCUUCCUGCAAUAGAAAUAUUAGCAACUUUUUGGAAAUCCCAGAAGCUAAGGGUCUUUAUUCUUCACAGUGAAGCACAAUGACAUCUUCUUUGACUUCUCAUAGUGUUUUUUUUUUUUAUAUUCACUCAUUCUUUCAAAAUUCAUCUUUCUAAAUGUUGUAUUUUUUAUUGAUUUUGUUUAAUAUUUGUGUUUUAUUGUUUUAAAGCAGUGCUAAAAAGUUGUUGACACUGCUUUUUAAACCUUU